GAGGGGAGGAGUGGAGCUGCUCGCUGAGGUCUGGACUUGCGAUGCUGGGAAACAAGGAAGCAGGAAGCCCCGCCGGCGGGGCUCCAAGCCGGAUUCACUGUGGGGAGGAGCCACCUUCAGGUCGUCCCGGGGGUCGCCUCUGCGGCCUGGUGGACUGGAAGCAGAGACCGUUCAGGACUUCAGCCUUGUUUGCUGCAGCCAACUCAGCCCUGUGGUUGGUGGCCUUUAGCUCUUUGCGGACCUCCACCCUCGUUGCCCUCCUGCUGGCUGUGGUGGUCGUCAAGGCGACCGCCAGAGAUGUUGUCUGCCACACAUCCAAAGCAACUCCCUUGUGGAGCAGCAUGUCAGCAAGCUGGGAAAUGAUGGACUCGGGCCAGGACAGCGGGUCCAGCGACGGGCUUCACCUGGGCAGCUCGCUCCGCCUCUUCCUGCAGGAGAUGUCAGCCUUCAAGCAGCAGAACCCUGGCAAGUUCUGUUUGCUGGUUUGUAGCUUUUGCACCUUCUUUGCUGUCCUCGGACGCUACAUUCCAGGGAUUGUCGUCUCGUAUCUUCUUGUGCUGUCUAUCUUCCUGUGGCCUCUGGUGUCGUCUCAAGAGGUGUCUUUGUGGCUGAAGCCGGUUUUGCAGAAACUGGACUUUGGCAUCGCGGCAUUCCUGUGGAAAAUGAAAAAGAAUCAUGAGAGAAGACUGGGGCAGGCCAUUGCUGAGAGAGAAGCCAUCGAGUCGGAUCUUUCAUCAAUGUUUCCCAAGUUGGACCCUGUGGUGUGGAAGGAGAUGUCCCUGUCGGACACGUCUGUCUCUGAGGUGACAUGGACGGACAACAGUGCUUUCAACAUGUCGGAGGAACACACGCCGCAGACGGAGAACUCUGAAGACCUGGACAGAGAAGAGGCGUUCACUGGCGGUCUUCCAGAGUUUCCCUCUCUUGACAACGGGGCGUCGACCAAUGGUGACGAAGAAGACGACUUCAGUCUUCCUCAGCCAAUCAGGGGCAAGUGUGCACCUCCCCCAGCAGAGGACAUGCCCACCCACAAAGCUCUGGACCUAGCCAGUGACGUCAUCACCGCCGCCGUCACGGCCGCCAUUCAGGAAAGAAGUAAGGCGGUCCUUGGUUUCGCAGCGAGCUCAGACCAAAACUGUCUAGAUUGGUCCCGAUUCCAAGAGUCCACCACGGCGCCGGAGCUGGUGGAGGAGUUUGACAGCGAGGUGGAGGACUUUGAGCUGCUGGACCAGGCCGAGCUGGAUCAACUGGAAGGGGAGCUCGGCCUGGGGGCCGCCAAGGUCCAGAGUGUUGAGGAUGAGAACAAGACUCACAAAGGUUCUGGAUUCUUCUCCAAACUGCUGAGACGCCACUAAUGACUGAGGAAGGCUGGACCGGGGUGAUCCGUAGGGGGUGCAGGUCUGGGGUGUAGUUUGGGGCCCUGGGAGGAGUCAGGAAAUAACAGUUUCUAUUCAUUUCUUCUUGUUGUAUUGUUCAAAACCGACCUAUUUGUUGAAGCUGGAGAAGAAUUCUCACCAUUAUCUUUUAUGAUUAUUAUGUCCCAUGAUUGUGAUUAGCACUUUACCUGUUGCCAUGGUUACGCUGGUGCCCAUUGAUGGCAUUUUUCCCGUGAUUGAAGGACAAUUUAUCUUGACCGUUUUUUUCCAAAUGCAGGCACAUCAGUUUUGUGAGUGAGGAUGUCCUUUAAUCACAUCUUUAAUUGGUUUAGUUUUGUGUUCUUUUUUCUUUUUUAAAAUUUUAUAACAUUUUCAUGGUACAUACUGGAUAUGUUGUCAUCUCACACUUAAGUCAUACGUGUUUUAUGGGCACGUUAAUGAAAACAUGCACCUUGUCCACAUUUUCUAGUAAAAACAUCAUUCAUGUAGUUCCAUCCAUCCAUCUUCUAUACUGCUUGUCCUUACUGGGGUCAUGCUGGAGCCUAUCCCAGCUGACGACAGGCAAGGUACACCCUGGGCUGGUUGCCAGCCAAUCGCUUCAGUACUUGAAUGACUAAUUCAGUGCCUAAAACAACUUGUGAUGCUUUACAGCUAAUGGUUGUUUAAAUCUAAGCUUCUUCUGCAUAGUUCAGUUCAAGAGCUCAUUUAGGAAUGUGCACCAAAGUGUUCAUGUCAACCGACUUAUGUCAAUUAAAUGUUUCAGUGCAACAAGCAGAUGAAA